GCACAUUCAUUUCGGAAAAUUCAGUUGAUAGCCGACACACAACGCGUGUAGACGACGACGAACGAAGCUAACGGCAAAUAUAAAAAUAUAUUUUAAAUUUGUUUUUGUUGGUGAAAAGGCAUUUAGCCGUUGUGUUGAGACCAGUGAGUCCAUAUCUAUAUAUAUUUAUACAUAUGAGUGUGUGUGUGCGCGUAUUCUAAAAUUAAUAUGUGAAUAUUGAGCGAGUCAAAGCGUAGAAAAAAUUCAAAAAAAAUACAGCAACAACAAAAUAUUUAGAGCAUCGCUGUCUAUUUUCGAAAGCGUUAAUUUCACAAAUUUACGCAAGGCGUUCACGCAAAAAAAAAUUAAAGAAAAUAUACAAAAACAACACGCACGAACACGCAAAAACGAUUAUUGAAAACAUUGUAACCGGAAAGCGGAAAUUGCACGGCACUCAACGGAACGGUUUGUUUGCGCCGUUAACGGUUUAUAUUCGACGUACGUGAGUUUGGUCGCAAGGAAAAGCGCAUUUGCCGGUCGCACCGAUUGUGGUUUAUGUGCAGUGAAUUAGAAGAAACAGAAAAAUUCAAAAAAUAAAAAAUUACCGUUAGUGCAGCAAAUGCUUCAAAACUAGCGUAGAGCACGACAAAUACACAUUUGUUGUUGUUAUCUUUUAAUUUUUUUUCCAUUUUGCGCGUAAAAUCGCAAGCAGCCGUACGUGCGUGUACGUGAGCCGAAAAUCAAAUUCAAUCCUGCCCGAUUUGUGUUGAUUUAUUCAAAUUUGCCGUUUUUGGAACAAAAUACUGCUACUAAUUAAACAACAAACAUAAUUACUUAAAUCAAAAUAAGCACAACAACAACACACUGCAAACAACAAAGUCAAAAGAAAAUCAAAGUGAUUGCCAACAAGAAAGGCAACCAAAUUGAAAGCUCACCAAAAAUUGCGAAUUACACAAAGUAAAACACCGUGACACCACAAAUAAACACAACCGUCAGCAACAAAAACGAAAGCAACAUUGUGACCAAAAAUAAGCACAACAACAAACAGCAAUAAACAAAGCAACGCACAGCAAGAAACAUCAAAGAGCAACGCGCACAGAGUGGCGAAUAGCAAAUUGCAAAUAAAAAAGCGAGUGCAAGCAAAUCUCAAAGUGCAGCAGUGAAAAUUCAGCCUCAAAAUGGUCGACGACUUUUCACCGAUGCGCAUGCAGAAGAAGACGCGCAGCGCUUCCAUUUGCGCCACAAGCGGCGGCAGCAUCGAAACGGCCAUACAUAAUAUGCCGUCGUACGGCGCAGCAUCGGGCAGUGCCACACCCGAGAGCGGCGGCACGCCCGGCUAUCGGCGUCGACGACCGGCCACACGGUCGCAAAGUGCGCGCAUCACAACCGGCGCCAAAUCGGUACGUCGACGCGCUCAGGCACAGGCACAACAACAGCAACAACAACAAUAUAAUCUGGAAAAUGCGCGUUCAUACUGCACGAGUGAACCGCGUCUGAGCGAAACGGAAACGCCGCCGCAAAGACGCAAAUUAUCGCAACGAAGACCACAACAGCAUGCACAGCGAAAAUCAAAUGCGUUCCUCGAUGUGCCCGGAAUGCAUCAUUUGCGUGUCAGCGACGAUGAUGAAGAUUUGGAUCGUUUGCGUACAUUCAGUGCUUCCAAGGGUGGCGUCAUCAAUCGCGGCGAUUCGUUCCGACGUCGCCGUUCGCGCAGCAACAGUUUGGCACCGGUGAGCCCCAUACAUCCGCGCCUGGGUGGUGGCGGCGGUGUUGGCGGCAUUAGCGGCAGUGUUGGUGGUGGCAUUAAUGGCGAUUACACGGGUGCACAGAAUGAGCCGCAACAACAACAACCGGUCGAAGUGUUUUGCGUGGAAAUGCUGGGUGCCGCUGGCGUUGGCAAACAGGCGUUGAUCCAGCAAUUUCGAACGUCUGAUUGCAUUAAUGCAUACGAUGGACCAGAAUGCGACGUUGCCGAGCAGAAUAUUUCAAUAAUUCUAAAUGGCAUCGAAUCGGAAUUGAAGUUCUCCACGGGCCAACAGGAUAACAAGGACGAAUUGGAAAAAGCUGACGCUUUUCUCGUUAUCUACUCUUGCAUUGACAAGGAGUCAUUCACACGCGCCAAACACAUACUUUCACGACUACAAGAUAUGGAUUUGAUACGCACACGUCCGAUCAUUUUGGUAGCGAACAAAAUUGAUUUGGCACGUUCACGUGCGGUAUCUUCACAAGAUGGCAAAUGUGUCGCUUGUACUUUUGGCGCCAAAUUCAUUGAAGUCUCGGCGGGCAUCAAUCAUAAUUGCGACGACUUACUGGCUGGCACUUUGACACAAAUUCGUCUCAAAAAGGAUCAAAAUUUAUUGCAUGGCCAUCGAGAUGGUGCCUCCUCACCGGCACACUGGUAUAAGAGUCGCAGCGUUGUAUUGGCCAGCAUGAAGGCGCGCCAAAUGCUCACCUGGAUACUGGGCAAAGAGGAUUCGAAAUUUAAGAAUUGCGAAAAUUUGCAAGUACUCUAAAAAAGCAGUGCAAACAAAGCGGGUGCAAAGGUCAAAGCGAGAUGAAAAUGUGAAAAAGUAACAAAAAAAAAAAGUGAACUAAAUCAAAAAAUGGACUGUCUGCAAAAUGAAGUGAAAUAUAAAUAACGGUACACGUGUGUAUAUAAAAGAAAUAAAUAUGUGUAAAUGUAGAUAAAGCAUUUCAUUAAAUGUGAAUAUAUACAGUUGAAUUUCCCUAACUCGAAUCAUCAUAAUCCACAAAAAUACUUCGAGGUAGAGUCCGAGUUACGGAAGGUAAUUUGUAUGAAAUUUGACUUCUAUUGCCAAUUCAAGAAUUUGAGUUAUGGAGAACUUCGAGUUGUGGAAAUUCAACUGUAAAUAUAUAUAUAUAUUAUAUAAUGUUAUUUAACUACAUAAAUUGUAUAUGUAUAUAUGUAACUAGUUAGAUGUAUUCAACUUAUCUACAUAUUUAUGUAUAUGUAUGUAUUUAAAUAUAUAUAAUAUAUUUACUCCGAAUUUGUGAGUUUAGGUUAGGUGUGACAUGAAUCAAUAUUCUUAUACCGAGAUAUAUAUAUGUAGUUGUAGUUGUAGGUAACUCUAUUUGCUCCAUAAACGUCAAUAAUGUUUUUUUUUUGUUUUUCAAGUUAAAAAAAAAAAUAAAUAAAAUUUAAAUGGCAACACUUUUAAUGUGGUAGCAUUACAGUAGCUUAAAAACCCUAAAAACAAAGCUCUUGCUAAGCCAAAAGCUUGCGAGCCUGCGCUUUGGCGUUCAAACCAAUAACUACAUAAUGAAACGUAGCACUUUCAAAAAUACCGGUUUCGUUUUAAAAUUAAUUGAACAAUAGUUGUAUAGUAUUUUUCCAAUGUGUAUUUAUAAAAUAUAAACAAAAAAGAGUAUGAGUAAUAAAAUAAUUAAAUAUUUGCAAAAUUAUUAACAAAAAACUAUAUAUGUAUACUUAAAAAAAAAUUGUGUAAAAAAGUUUUGAAAAAUUUCGAAAAAAUUUCAAAAAAUUUCUUAAUCACAAAACGCUUUUCGGGAACUUAUUUCAAACAUUACAUAUAUCGAAAAAAUUUCAAAAAAAUAUAUUUAUCAUUUCAAAUCGUUUUUCGAGAACUUUCGUUUUCCGAACUUCUCACGUAUCAUUCGAACAAAUAUUUAAAUAACAACAAACUCCUGACAGUACUGACGCUAAACAGUUUGACAGCAACUUCAACUGAUUUGCUGUCCUAAUACUAGCAAUGAGCGCAAGAACUUUGUAUGAAACUGUAAAAAACCUCACAAUUAUUUUUAAGUAGAUACAAAUUUCGAAAAAUAAUUUUAUCGCUCUAGAGCGCUUUAUCUAAAUCAAAUUUAAAUUUUCUCACUAUAAACUGUUUUUCUCCUCAUUUCUAUAACUUCCUAAAAAUAUAUACUAUAUAUUUGUAAUUAAUACGAAAUCAAAAGUAAAUUAGUAAUUUAGCGUAUUAAGUGAAAUAACUGUACAUAAUAGAACGGAAACAUGAGCUCAGUAAAGCUUUACAAAAGGGAAGAAAUUUGAUUGAUAAUUAAAAAAAAAAUAUAAUUUUUAAAUACAAUUUUCUGCAAAGUGUACUUUGUUAAGAAAUGUAUUUUUCAUUUGAUUUUGUAAAUUAUAUAU